AUAGCAAAAUCCCACGAUACAUUCAUCGCAUCAUUGCAGAUAUACAAAUACAACAUCUACCACUACUCUACACCGCCAGUAAACCGCAGAUACCCCGUCUCUUCCGGGCGGAAUCGAGCGACACACCAACCAUCCCCAGCACCGUAACUAGUCCGAUAGCCCAUACGCUCCUUCCACCACAACAAAAAUCACAACCUCCCCCAACAUCCCCAACGCCCAUCCAAACCACCACGAUGGGCCGCUCUCUCGACUCCUCCCGCCCAAUCAUGGCCCCAAGUCUCCUCUCCCCAAAACGCGCCUCCAUGCGCUACAGCACCUACACCACCCCCGCCCCAUCCAUGCACUCCUUCAGCUCCGACACCGUGCAGGCCGAGAUUGCGGAUAUUACCGCGGGCCUAGCUAAGCUCGAGAACAAGAAGCUCGCGUCCCAGCGUUUCGUGCCCAGCAAGGAGAAGUCGGAGAACUUGUCUAAGUUGGCGCUGGGGGCGAAGCUGGAGAGGGCUUUGGAUCGUAGGAUGAAGGGGCAGGAUGCGGUGAUGCGGAAGAAGGUUGUUAAGAGAGAUCUCGAGAAGAGCGCUGUUAUGGCUUAGAAGGAGGGUUUUUCGAUAUGAACGACAAAGGGGAGACAAGAGCGUGAUGGGGGCUACGAAGCAACAUUUUGGUUACGACAGAGAGGGGAAGAAGAGCACAGUUGAAUCUCUGAUGUGUUUCUAGGCAAGACCGAAGGAGGAGAAAGAAAGAAAGGGGCCGCUGGUGGGGUGGGAAGCAGAGGGGCGGGGUAUGAUUGAUGUAUCAGAUAUGACUACACCAGGGCAUGAUCGCAGGCGUUUUUUUAUCGCGAAGUUUUUUCGUUAUUUCUUAGCAGUUGCGUUGUUUGGACUUAUUCCACGUUUUUUAAUCGCCUGAGAGAGCAGAGAAGCGGGUGUAGGAGAAGUACUGUAGUAGUCAUUAAUUGAAAUAUACCCCAUG